GGACAGUCAAUGGAAGGUUUUCGAACAAUUCCGUUACAGUAUCGGGACAUCUCAGAGGACAUAGCAGGCGAGUAGAAAAGCCAAGAACGAACAAAAUACCCGUAGCAUACAGGUUCUCACACCGAGUCAUCAAUACUUGGAACCUGCUGCCCGAAGUAGUGUCCGCACCCUCAAUUGACUCGUUCAAGAGAAGUCUGGACACUCACAGAAGCAUACUAGAAAAGGAAUAACAUAGGCCAUAGGCCUUCUGUCCUUACUUUACAAAUCUGAAUCUGUAUUUUUACAAAGCAUAAAAACAAAAAUCCCCAGUAUUGGAAAUUAAUCAAUAAAUAGAUCUUAAAAUCACUUUACAUGUCUGGUAACGCCUUACCAAGAGCCAUACUACAUGCUGUUUAUGGAACUACAACUCCAAGAUUCGUUCCUCAAUUACAGCGAAUAACACUAAAGUGCUGUAAAUUUCGACGAGAUAGUCAAGGUGUCAGAGAUUAUAUUGAAAAUCACUUAGUGGACUUCGCUCGAGAUAAUCCAGCAACCGUUAUCUAUGUAAAGCCACGAAGAAAUAGACCUCCUCUUCUAGUUGCUGAGUAUCUAUGUGGUAACUGGCAGUAUGUACGUGCAAAAGAUAUGACUUGUGAAGAAAUUGCUAACUGGAUUAAUUUCUUACGUACUCGUUCCGGGGUGAAUAUUUUUCCAAUAUAUAAAUACUGGUCGACUAAACGCCCUUCAAUUCAAGGCAUGUGGCAUCCGUUUUACGAACCCCUAUAUAAUCAGACAAUUUUAAAGACACCCAAUGAAAUUGUAAGAAACAUUGGUCAGCUUUGUCAAACUAAACAAAAUGAGUUAUCAGCUGAAGACGUACUGUUAGAAAAAGCAAAACUUCAACAAUAUCGUCUGUAAUAUAUUUUUAUACCUAAACCAUUGCAGUGCAUUUUUGUGGAUAAUGUAUGUUUCAGCUAACUAGUUUCCAUAACACUUUGAAAAAAAUAAAGUAUUUGCACGACUUUU